CGCCGGGAGCGCGCACCUCCCGCCCUCGCGCGGGGUCUCUCUCGGUCUCUCGGAGCCGCACAUUCCCCGGAGCUUCUGCCAGGGUCGUCGCCUCCGCCGCGGCUCUCGCCCGGCGGCUCAGCCUCAGCGCCUCAGCGCCGCGCCUCUGACCAACUCCCCUUCCUCCGCCACUCCCUGUCCCUUUCCCGCCCUUCUCUCCCACCCGGUCCACCGAGAGAGCCUGGAUACGAAGCAAGCGGGCUUGAGAAGGGGGUUAGAAAAAUGGAGGUGCCGCGCCUGGAUCAUGCCCUCAACAGCCCCACCAGCCCCUGUGAAGAGGUGAUCAAAAAUCUCAGCCUGGAGGCCAUUCAGCUUUGCGACCGGGACGGAAACAAAUCACAAGACAGUGGCAUCGCAGAGAUGGAAGAACUUCCCGUACCACAUAACAUCAAAAUAAGUAACAUUACAUGUGACUCAUUCAAGAUUUCCUGGGAAAUGGAUUCAAAAUCAAAGGACCGUAUUACACACUAUUUUAUUGACCUCAACAAAAAAGAGAACAAGAACUCCAAUAAGUUUAAACACAAGGAUGUUCCAACAAAAUUAGUGGCAAAAGCUGUUCCCUUGCCAAUGACUGUCCGUGGGCACUGGUUUUUGAGCCCAAGAACUGAGUAUACGGUAGCAGUGCAGACUGCCUCAAAACAAGUUGAUGGUGAUUAUGUUGUGUCUGAAUGGAGUGAAAUUAUAGAAUUCUGCACAGCAGACUAUUCAAAAGUUCAUCUAACACAACUGUUGGAGAAGGCAGAAGUGAUUGCAGGACGAAUGCUAAAAUUUUCUGUUUUUUAUCGUAACCAGCACAAAGAAUAUUUUGAUUAUAUUCGAGAACAUCAUGGGAAUGCUAUGCAGCCCUCUGUCAAGGAUAACAGUGGUAGCCAUGGCUCUCCUAUCAGUGGGAAAUUAGAAGGCAUCUUCUUCAGCUGCAGCACUGAAUUCAAUACUGGGAAGCCACCCCAGGAUUCACCUUAUGGAAGAUACAGGUUUGAGAUUGCAGCUGAAAAACUUUUUAACCCCAAUAGUAACUUAUACUUUGGGGACUUCUACUGUAUGUACACAGCUUAUCAUUAUGUGAUUCUUGUUAUUGCCCCUGUGGGAUCACCUGGAGAUGAAUUUUGUAAGCAGCGCCUUCCUCAGCUCAAUUCCAAGGAUAAUAAAUUUUUGACGUGCACAGAAGAAGAUGGGGUGCUGGUUUACCACCAUGCCCAGGAUGUCAUUUUAGAAGUCAUUUACACUGACCCUGUGGAUCUUUCUCUGGGCACCGUGGCAGAAAUCACUGGUCAUCAGCUCAUGAGUUUGUCUACCGCAAAUGCAAAGAAAGAUCCCAGCUGCAAAACCUGUAAUAUCAGUGUUGGACGUUAAUGCCCACUUUUCUUAUUCAGUCCCCUUCCUUCUCUUAGGAGCAUUGAUCCUCUGUUGUCCAUUUUCAUCACCAGAUGUUUUCCACUGAAGCAUGCACAUGCCGCUAUCACCAAAAGCAAACGGCUACUUUUCAAAUUUCCUUCAGAGCCGUUUUAGUGUUUCUUCUUCCCUCCCCUUCCCACUACUUUCUAAGUUCUACUUCUGACACUUUGCCUAGAUGCUGCAAUGUUUUUAUUUUCCUUCUAUGCCAAACAUAACAAAACAAUUAUAUACUGCUUUAGCAAAAUACAAAAUAACGGCUUAUAAAUGGUGUUUAAAUAUGCAUUCAUUUUAAUCUACUGAACAAAUAUUGAGAUAACUCCAAACCGCAUGAAAGGGUGUAAUUGCAGCAUGAGUUAAAUCUUGAAGCCUAGAAUUGUCAGCACUUCAAACUUGUUGUUUGACAGUGUUAUUUAUGUUAUUUAUAUUAGCUAACAGGAAACAACUACUGUGUUUCAACAUAAUAAAUAUAAUAGAAAAAUAUUUUAUUUGUAUUGUUGUAUAAAAUAUUUACAAUCAUAUAGAAUAUAUAGUUACAUUUUAAUAGCAAUUGUAUACAUGUCACGAAACCAUUUCCCUUAUCAAAGAUGUAGUUUGUAAACCUCAAAUAGUUGUGUAUCUGUCCUGUUACAAGUAGAUGACUUUAAUUAAACAGAUUUAUGAAGGACAUUAUUCUGCUUCAUAAAAGUUACAAAAUAUCAGGUAAAUACAGAAAAAAACAAUAAGCCUCUGAAAUAGUCAAUAUUCUUCCCAUCCAAACUAUAUGAAAAUGUGAAUUUGUUCAACAUCAUGCUUAAACAUUACAGAAAAUAGAAAUACAAACAUGGUUGGUACAAGAGAGAAAACAACCUUUUACUUAUUUUUAGAAAAGCAGAAAUAAUAAACACGUGUUUUAGUACAAAAUAACACAAAACAAUAUACACUUAAGUUUAUGAAGCAAAUAAAAUAUUCUGGCUUCUUUUCCAAGGUAUUGUAGCAAACAAUUUUCAAACCUUUCAUUUUGUACAGAAAUGAAGAAUAACUACAGCUUACGAGAAAGCUUUUUGACUUUACAAAGUAUAGACCUUGGAACCUUAAGAAAAUGCGUAUUCCCAAUGAAAAAAUAGUUAUAUACUCUUAGUUAUAGUAAACAAAAAGAUUAGCAAUCAUAACUGUGAUCACAUUAGAUUAUAUACUGCAGACACUUAAUCUGUCCAAAAUACCUAUUUUCAAACUUUAAUACAAUAUUUUAAUAUAAACAUCUGUCAGUUAUAGACAAAGAUAAUUCACAAAGUACAUGCUAUCAGAAUGAACUUUGGUAAUCAGAAAUGUAAAAUUUCAAUUAACAGAUAAAAUAAUGUGCUAUUUUUAUAUAGAAAUAAAAAAUUAGCAAUGACACAUUCUAGUAUAUUUUAGGGUACUGAAAGCCUAGCAGACAGGGGACAAGGUAGGAGAUUUUUUUUAAUCACUUAAAAAUCUAUUAGAGGUUUCAAAUAAGUUACAUUCUUACUAUCUUCCUUCCUACAUAAAAAGAAGAGUUUGUUUUCCUCCUUUUUUAAAUCAUGCUUUUUUCCCAUACAUCAACAUAAGCAAUCUUUGGACACUAAGUAGGCUUUCCCUAAUAAGUGGCCCAGUGAACAAGUGGAAGCUAUGUGUUAUCUAGAUUUGAUAAAAAUAUUAAAUGUUUUCCAGAAUAAUUAUGCUGACUGAGUUUUCUCCUUGGCAUGGAGGAAGUUGAAUUUCUUUUCCAAUUAUCCUGUUACUUACUAUAUUUCCCCUCAUUUAAAUCCCUCCUCCUCAUUUAUAAUUAUAUCUGCCAUCCCUUCUUAAAAACAGCUAACACUACUACUAAAGUGCUUCAGUUUUCAGUAUGUCAAAACUACUUACUUAUCAAGAAUGGCAGAGGAAAAUAAACUUUAUCUUGGAUAAAAGUAAUCACAAAUAUGUCUUGAACUUCAAAUAGUUUUGGCCACGUCUUGCUUGCUGAUUAGGACUUCGAGUAGUCUCAGCUUGGCUUUUAUGUGCUUGUAUUCAUAGUACUCAUCUGCCAUUGGGAUCCUAUCUUCCUUUUGUGGACUUCUGCAAAACAGAAAAUACCAUCUAUUAGCUCGCAGUGAAUCAAGUCAUUAAAAAUCCUUUCAUAAUUCUAACUCAAGAAAGUACAGGGCAGCAGUUUCCACUUGGUUUUUGCAUGAUGUCAUUUUUCCCUUCCUUUCCACCUUCAUUCACUCCCUCUUCCUUCCACAUGUUACUAGGUUUCUGUAUAAUAGUACCCUGUGAGAACUUGAAUGUCCUAGGUGCUUUGCAAAUAUAUGGUCCAGUGCAUAGAUAUAUAACAAUAGGGCAACUGAAAGGUCUAAGGAAAAAAAAAAACAAAAGCCAGAACCUUAAGGCAUUCUUUGUCUAGUCAUUCUCCCAUUAUCCAUGUUCCACUUCCCUGCCUAUGGACAAUGUUCCGCCUUUAUAGUGAGAGUUGUUAAAAGUAGCGAGUAAAAAUACUGCAAAAAUCAUGUCAAAAAUAUUUUAUAAAUUUAUGGUGAUAGAAAAAAAAGCUCAAUGGCUCCCUCACAAACAUGAAAUAUUUCCAAGUUUUCUUGUAAUUGUAAUGCCUGUUUCUGCUAAUGUGUAGUAGAAUCACUGAAAAUUUCCUUGAAGCAAUUUAUGAAUAAAUUUCAAUGGUUCUCUUGA